GACGUUUGUACUCAGCGGUCAGCUCCUGAAAUCAGUGCUGAACGCAGGGAUUUAUCAAGUUUUAUACACUUUCAUCAAAGUAUCAUUGUCUCUGCUUUGUGAAAGUGUUAACAUGAUGUAAGUCAUUGUAAAACUAAUGAAUUCCUCCGACUCGACGGCUCACGGGACCAAUAACCAGCAGAAAACCCGAAAAGACAAAGCGCUCAGCGUCGUUCUGAGUGUUUAUGAGAACUCUGAGGUUUUCAAGUCCUACGGGAAUACAGAAUGCCUGUUGGAGAAGGUUGAGAAGAUGCUGAAGAGCAGGGCUGAGGCAGGAGAUACCCAAGCCAGCUUCUUGCUAGGAUAUCUCUAUUAUGAGCAGGGCCACUAUAAGAAUGCUGAGGCUAUGUUCGAUGGGAUUAAGGAGAGAGAACCUGAAGCUCUCUACCAACUGGCUGUUAUGUACUAUGAUGGACUUGGUACCAAUGCAGACCCUAGCAAAGCAGUGGACUAUAUGAGAAGAGUAGCUGAAUGGGACACAGGCAGAGUCAGAUAUGCAGCCUUGUACAACCUGGGAAGAGCUUACCUGCAGGGAUAUGGAGUGCAAGCCUCCAGAGUAGAGGCAGAAAAAUACUGGCUCAUUGCAGCAGAUGAUGGAAACCCAAACGCCAGCGUGGAAGCUCAGUCCUCUCUCGGCUUGUUGUUUUGUAGCCCUGAAAUACGGGAUCUUAAAAAGGCGUUUUAUUGGCACUCUGAGGCCUGUGGUAAUGGCAGCCUGGAAUCCCUGGGGGCGCUAGGAAUCAUGUACCUACAUGGAUACGGUGUGUCUAAGGACCUGCAGUCUGCUUUUCACUGUCUCACAGAGGCGGCGGCGAGGGGUAACGUUUACGCCCAGGGCCACCUUGUUGCUUACUACUACCAGCGCAAAAUCUACACCAGAGCAGCACUUUUGGCUGAGAGGGUGAGCAAGUAUGAAGAUGUUAGUGAAAUAGCAAAUUUCACCAGCUGCAGUUCUGAGUACAUUUGUAAAGGCAUAGCUAUUGGCCUGUUCUAUUUUGCCCGCUGCCUCCAGCUCGGCCGGGGAGUCACACAGAACACAGAAAAAGCACAGUACUAUUACGCUAAGCGCAUGAGUUGUUUCCCCCCUCACUUCUUUCUUUUCAGGCAGCCCUGAUGAACCCAGGAGUUUUUAAGGACCUCCAGAUGAACCUCAUUAAUGGCAGAAUGUAAUAUUUAUAUACAAGAAGUGCUGCCACAUCAAAUUCACCAAAUGCAGCUGUUGAUUGUUCACAAAGUAAAGACUUAGUUUUCUUUCCUCUUAUUUUGGUACUUGGGUGAAAAACCUUUAAAUGAUCAAACACAUCUCACCUACUUGAUGUGGUUACAACUUCUGACCUCGAUGCUAAUUUAGAAUCACUUUUAUCCUUCCGAUUGAUCCUGGUCAGGGCCACGUGGAUCCGAAGCCUAUCCCAGAAACACCACUUCAUCAUAGUGGACCAUUCACACACUCACUCCUACACCUAAAUGCAACUUCACAGAGCCGAUAGAACAUCUACUGAUGUUUUUGGGAGGUGGGAAAGAAACUGAGAACCCCCUUGUGAACACAAGGAGACCUCACAAACUCCACACAUAAUAACCCACACUCAGGAGCAAACUAGUGACUGAAGCUGUGGGUUCUACCUGCUUCAUCACCAUGCCAGCCACAUUUAUGUAUAAGGAAUAACAGUAAUAAAAUGAGUGACACAAAUAGUCUUUUGCGAUUUAUUGCUUAUAAAUGCUCUAGUCUAUUGUUGGUAAAAAUAAAAUCUAUAAUAAUAAUAAUAAUAAUAAUAAUAAUAAUAAUAAUAAUAAUAAUAUCACAAAUUUAACUAGCACAAUAACCUUACAUUACACAUUGCACAAUUAAAAGCCUUCAUAAUGACCACGACAUGUACUGUAAUGUAGGUAGAGAAGUUCAAGAGGUCCAGGUUUUCAUUUUCUCUUUUUAGACAAGUACAACACUCAUUCCACUACUUUUCACAUUUUAUGACCUUAUGGUCCAACAUAACCCUAUAGACAAUAAAAUGAAAAAAGAACAAAAACAAACUUGGUUGGCAUUAAAUCUAGUUUGUUAGAAACCAGAAAGAGAACAAAAAAAUCCAAAAAGUAAACAGUGAUGUCCAUCAGGUCCUGUAGUAUGAUGCCAUCAAGUCGAGCACUUUCAUAGUGAUUCGUGUGAUUCUUAAAUAAAACUUCCAUUUAGCAUUUUCAAGUAACAAAAUAUUAAGUGAAGUUGAGGUGAAUCCUCAGUCAACAGGGGACUGUGCACGAGUUUAGAUCGUGCAACGUUCCAUCUCUUCGCUCAGCUCAGGGCAGAGUUCUUUGAGGAGCAUCUCGAGCAGGACCUGAAAAUAAGAAGGGAGGGG